GCGAAAAUACAUUUCUAUCGCCAGUGCCAUCAUAUCAGUCCAGGAUCAAGAGUGAGUAUACUGUACUUGUUAGUUUUAAAGUUAAGAAUACAUACUGCUAUUUCAAUUAAUGUUGUCCCCGAGCAUAGCGGAAAAGUCGAAUACGAGCGCGAAAGGCUUUCUGGGAAUCGCUAAAAAAUUAAUCAAUUUUUUAGCUAUUCCCACCAGCCAUUCACGCUCGUAUUCGACUUUUCCGCUAUCCUCUGGGACAACCUUAAUGAAUUGAAAUAGCUGUAUAUAACUAGAAAUACAUGCAUGCAAGCAAACUGCAACCCCUUGGCUUAUAUUAUCCGACUUUGUUUUUGGAUGAAGUGUUAAUAAAUGGCCAUUAUAAUAUAGCAGUUGUAAAUUCUGAACGCUGAUUGGCUAAGAGCCGUGUUGAUAUAACUCAAUGUCAGCACGGGAAUUUUUCCGCCGCUUGUAAACACGGACAUUUCUCUUAUCCUUCGGGUUUUUGACAUCGCUAUAUAAUAAACAAAAAUAUAAAACAUUUUUCCGUAGUGAUAUAUAGUUAUAUCUCAUUCAACACUCGUGGAAGUUGGGAAAACUCGAAAUUGUAUGAAAACACUCCGCACUUCGGGCGUCGUGUUUCCAUACAAUUUCUCGUUUUCCCAAUUUCCACUCCGGUUGAUCUAACUGUAUAUCAACACGUAAAAUGUUUUAUAUUUGUUAAAUAUUGAACGCAGGCUCGCGUUUGAUGUCUAGCGUCAUAGCCACACGAUCAUUUUAAAGUGUUUAAGAUUAUUAUAUUUUCUCUUAUGCGCAGGCGACGUGACGUGAGAAAUUGAAUACGAAAAUCGUCAGUUGCCGUCCAUACAGCUAGCGUCAUAUAAGUUUGCUAAUUAUGUUCCAUUUUUCCCAGGAACUCCCAAUAAUUAUGGGAAUCGUUUCAUUAUUGGGUUUACAGCUCCAUAUUACAGUUAUCGAUAUUAUAAUGAUUAUAUUGGAGUAUCAAUUCUUGCUCCCUACGACACAAAUGUUACGAUCUUUGGUACUCAGUCAGGCAAGCCAUGGAACUACACUGUUCAUAUUAAAGAAGGAGAAAGUUUUGAGUAUAAACUACCGAUUUCACUGCGAAUGGAGAAAUCAAUAUACCUCCAGAAUGGUAUUGAAAUUUCAUCAACGAGAGAUAUUUCAGUUUUGUGUUUAAAUUAUCAACAGGCUGUAGGCGAUGCGGACGGAUACUUGGCUUUACCAGCCAACACGCUAGGUGUUGUUUAUGUUGUUGCAUCAUAUCAACCGUAUAGUUCGGGCGAUAGAGCGAAUAUCGCCGUAAUAUCUGCACAUAACAACAACACGGUUAUUGUUCUUCCCAACAAGAAUGCUGUCAUAUACUAUCGCGGUCUCAGGUAUGAUGGCAGUACAUCGCUAUUAUACAUUACCCUGCUCCUCGAAAAACUUGAAGCACUGUACAUUUCGGGUUCAUCCGAUUUAUCUGGAUCAAUAGUUAUCGCAAGCAAACCAGUGUCUGUCAUAUCUGGCAUAGACCGUGUACGUAUUUCAAGAAAUUAUGACGCUUUUCUGGAGACGUGUCUAUUACCCGUUUCAUUGUGGGGAUACCAGUACCUCUUAACAACGGUUGGAAUGUUGAAUAGAAAACAGGGGGAUAUUUUUCGAGUCUUUGCGUAUGAAAAUAAUACUGUCGUUGAAAGUGCGUAUUGGACCAAAGUUUUGUCAUCCGGGAUGUAUGCAGAGUUGGUAUUAGAAAAAAAUCUUGCAUCAUUUGUUAACUGUAGUAAACCAUGUCAAGUCGUGCAAUACAUCAGAGGCGAGUCAAUUGGUGGUAAAUACGCUGACCCUUCAAUGACAGUUUUACCAUCAGUAAGCCAGUUCCUUUCUUUCUACCGUGUGGUACUUCCUUAUGGUUCGGCAUAUCAUGAUUCCAUUACUAUAGUGAUUGAAAAUAAACAUGUAGAAGGUCUAUAUAUGGAUGGGCUUAAACUGAAUCGCUUGGAAUGGAAAAGUAUAAAUGGAACAAAUUAUGUAUGGACAAUAGUAAGUUCAUCCGACCCAGAUGCUGUUACAGUCUAUCAUACUUCUUCGGCAGUAAAAUUUGGUCUAGUCGUUUUUGGUUGGAAUGGUGCUUCUUCUUACGCGUACGCUGGGGGAUUUGGUUUUCGUAAUUAUUCAAAUGGUAAGUCAGUUUAUUUGAAGUUAUUGUGUUCAUGAUUUUCUUCACAAACCGUUUCAAACCUUACAAAAAUGCUGCACACGAGUCUUUUUUCCUGUAGAUCAGUCAAAUUAUAGAGAAUGAAUGUUGCGUUGUGAACGACAUGCAACCGCCUGGAGUAACGGAACUUCGACCUUUCAAGCGAAUCAAUGCUCUUCGUCGGAAAGUUAGUUUUGCUCUAACAAUAUAACUUUACGAUGAAGGGCCUUCACUCGAAAUGUCGAAUUUCAGUUGAUUUUUCAGGUCGUUUUAUCUCCUUCACAUGCACCACAGCUGGCUGAUACCAUAUUUACUAACACGGGCGCCGUCCAUUCAAAAUAUAGCUGCGACGUGUCCUUUGCACACGAUAUUUCCUUCUAGUGUUGUCUGGCAAAAAACGUUUUAUUUAAGAGACAUAUUGCCCCGUUGACAUUUUUGCGGAAUGGUCAUUGAAACGAGCAGAAUUUUUUGUUACGACAGAACAAUUAGGCGCGCAAAAGACUUUUUCGAAAAUUGCUUUUGAAUGCACUUCAGGAAUCUUCUUUGCCCUAACCUAUAUGUUUGUCAUAGGCGGUAAUUUUUGAAAUAAGUGUUAUCUUGAUGCAGCGGUCGUCACUCGUUUGUUUGGAACGUGGUUUCGCUUACAAUAGAUUUUUCGCCUCAAUUUCUUCCGGGUCGACAUGUUUUGAAAUUUUGUAUAUAUGGUUUAAUAUAUCCUGCAGCCGAGUAUUUUACGAGUUUCGAAAUUAUUUUCCCGACGCGGAGGGAAAAAAGCGGCAAACGAAUAAAAUGGACGACAGGAUUAAAUUGCAAACCUCAAAGAAUAGAUCUCCUGGUUUUUGGAGCAUUUACUGCAUUUCGUGAUGUAAACGGUAAAAAAUUUCAAAUGUCUCAAAAAGAAAAAAAUGAACAGGUUGCAAAGUUGCAUAUCAAAUUAGGAACAACUUAACAAUAAGGUCAGCGUUCUUGAACGUGAUUGGAUAAAAUAUCGCAAAGGAAGAAAACCUGUCAAUGAAGUUCAGCGAGCAAACCAAAUUUCUUGUGCCAUAAACAAGAAAGCUGUAUGCCUGUUUUUAUUAGAUUAUUAAACAUACCGAAAUAUGAACGUUAUAAAAAUUAUUAUUAUUAUUAUUAUUAAAACUUUAUUUACACACGGUAUUCUCAUCAGGAUUUAACAUGCAACAAACUAAAUGAGAUAAAUUACAAAAAUAGAACCACGCUAAAUAGAAAAUAUAAUACCUGCUUUUCACGAGGGCCGUGUACUACGCUAAAUAUAACAAUAUAUACAAAGAAAGUUAAAAUAAUUUGGCACAGCCCGAGAAUUAACUGAAGAAAAUGUACUUUGACAACAGAUGUAAAGGUGAGAAUAAUUUUCCCGCAACCUGAUCGAGAGACGUCUUUAUUAGAUCACUAUACUGUACUGCAGUUCUCGCUUCCUUGGCUUAUGCGCCAUGUAGACGUGGCUCAGAAUAGAAAUAGCCUACAAGGUAUUUUGAGCAAAACGUUUCAAAGUUAUUUUUGCUUCAAAUUGUUACGGAAAUUCGAUUUAGAAGUUCAAAAUAGCAAACACCCAGUGUCUUAUCAAUGAUAAACAACGUUGUCUUAAACAGUGAAAUGAUUUAAAAAAAGUACUUUCAAAAUGAGAAAAGCGUCUAAACCUAAUAAGGGUUGUUGAUGCGCGAGCGACCAUUAUCCAAUCAGAAUCCAGUGCGUGUCUUGUAUCAAAUAAUUUAUAGCUAGUCAUGCUGUUCGCAAGAAGCGUGAACAAAAAAUACAGCGCGCGUGUAAAAAAGAGGAGAGUGGCUUGGUAACAGCCCAGUCAUGCACGAAAGUUGCGUAAUAUUAAGCGGCUACUGUUGCUUCAGGUUUUUAUCUGACCGUUACAGCAAUUAUAUGACGAAUAAUAUGAAAAGACCAUAAAUAGCACACGGUUUGCUGUGUUGUCUUGACGUGUUGCGAGUCAAUGUUCGUCGAAUUUCUGACAAGGCAAUGGGCUCCGAGUGAACUGUUUAUCAAACUUCUGACAGAUUAAUAUUGAUGAGACAGUAAGCAAUGUGUGAAUGACAAAAACGUGUAUACAGAAAUUUAACAGUGUUUUCGCUGACGGUAUAUAACAUGAGCACUGGAAUUAAUAGAUGUGUUAUGCAGUGCUUUUGAGAUCAGGGCCCAGUUGUUCAAAAUUCUUAACUACCUUUUAACAACAAUUAUGUAGUUAGAUAUAUUGUGGUAGACUCAAAUGCGUGAUUUUGAUUCAUCAACUUUCGCGCUGAAUGUACUUAGCAACAACUGGCCCCAUCCAGUAUAGUUUGUUGUUUGGAAUCACGUCCGUGAAUUUUAGGUCAAUAACUUAAACCUCGUUUGUUUGGAAUGUUUCCUUUCAGGUGGAAAUACAUUUCUAUCGCAAGUGCCACCAUAUCAGUCCAGGAUCAAGAG